CUGCUCUCGCGCCUGGAGCCUCUUCUCUGGUUGGUGCGCGCGUCAGGGACCGUCCCGCCCACUCCGCGGACAUAUAAAGGAGGGUUUGACGCGACCAUCGACACUUCCUUUCCUCCACACAGUCUAACGAUGAGCGGCAGAGGCAAAACCGGCGGCAAAGCCCGAGCGAAGGCCAAGACCCGCUCCUCCCGAGCCGGGCUCCAGUUCCCGGUCGGCCGCGUCCACAGACAUCUGCGCAAAGGGAACUACGCGCAGCGUGUCGGCGCAGGAGCCCCCGUCUACCUGGCGGCCGUGCUGGAGUACCUGACCGCCGAGAUCCUGGAGCUGGCCGGAAACGCCGCCCGCGACAACAAGAAGACCCGCAUCAUCCCGCGUCACCUGCAGCUGGCUGUGCGCAACGACGAGGAGCUCAACAAGCUGCUGGGCGGAGUGACCAUCGCUCAGGGCGGCGUGCUGCCCAACAUCCAGGCGGUGCUGCUGCCCAAGAAGACCGAGAAGCCCGCCAAGAAGUAGAGACGGAGGCCUCCACCACAAAGGCUCUUUUAAGAGCCACCCACCCCACGAAAAGAGCUGCAGUCCACAUGUCUCAGUAUGAAGCAUAAUAACAAACUCCUUUCUAGUGCUUUGCAUUUGUUCUGAUAAGUGUUUGUGUAUAAAACACUUUGAGGGUAAUUAACUGAUUUGGGAUCAACUGA